UAUGAUUUAUCAUGUUAGAUACAAGUAAAUAUGACAUCUUCAGUUUCCGUAAACAACGUUUUGAAAUGAUAUGCUUAUAAAACAAAUUAUACUUUAUAUAAAAGGACAGUAAUUGUGUUCAAAACUUAAAUUCGGUCUCUUGAAGUGAAAAUCAAAAUAACUCUUGGAAAUGGGAAGAAAUAAAGACGAAGAAGACGACUUUUCAAAACUUCGCAAGGCGUCCGCCGUGAUACUGUUGGUCGUCGGCUUAAUCGGAUUUGGUUUGGCAAAACUCGCAGUAGGUGCGAAUAAUCUGAACAACUGCAGCAUUGAAAAGCAUAUUCCAGUCUAUAUUCUUCUAAGUGCAUUUGCGCCUUUAGCGCUUAGUGGGUGCUUUGCCUGCCAGGGAAAUGGUGAUUUGGACGGAUUUUUUCAACUUGUGUGUGGAUGUAUUACAUUACUUUUUAGUUUUGCCUGGCUUAUCUGCGGUACUGUGUGGGUCUACCCUAACUACGGUAUUGUCAUGUCUAAAGAUUUCAAACUGUGUAAAGGAAAUGAAACAGACGGGUGUUCAGAAGGCGACUGCGAUAAAAGCCUUCUGAGAUUUGCUUUUGCUGUGGUUACCAUAGAUUGGAUGAUUCUGCUUAUUGGAAUAGGUCUGGUAGCUUGGUUUAUACACAGAGAGAAUAAUUAAUACAGGUCUCAGACUUAUUUGCUUUAUUUUCAGCAAAAUACAUUUUCUUCUGAAAAUGAACAGACCGUAUGCUAUUUUUGACACUGGUUUAACUACGACAAAUUACAAAGAUAAAAUUUCCAGAGAAUAUAUCUAAACUUGUCCAACAAAAUAUUUUUUUAUGAAAUAAAAUGUAAGUAAACGUG